GUUUUUGCUCGAUAAAAAUCAUAUUUGCUUGCUCAGCUGUAAGUAAAAUAGGAAUCGCGUUAUCCUACCGGGUUAUUUGAUCUUAUUAGGUGUUGCAUCAAAUAGUCGCUAGAAGUCACUGCAAUCGCUGAAAUGGUGCACUCUGGCGUUACAAGCGAUGCAUUAGAUUCAAAUUGUACGCACGAAGCUAUCGCGACCGUUACAAGUUGAGGGACGAGUUGUGUGGAGACAUUUGGAGAUGUAAACUUAAGAGUUAAAGAGCAUCGCUAUCAUGAAUAACUCGUGCGAAUGUAAGUAUCUUACGUAGGAGCGAUCGUUCAUUCAGCAUCGACGUCACCGAUUAUAUUUAUUUGAGAAACGACGAUAAAGUGAGGACUCAAGACAGUCAUUUCUACAUGCUACUGGUUUACGUAUUUCUUGACAAAAAUGAAUACAAACGUCAAAAAAAGGGACAAGUUGACGCAAGAGUUGGUGGCUGUGAGGUCGGAUUUGGCUGACUUUCGAAGAAGUUUAGAAGCAGCAGAAACCGAAACUCUCUCAAAGCCAAAACCAAAACAGUCUCCAUACUUUGAAUAUAAGUUUCCUAAGCAUUUGCAGUCAGACAAGUUCUCCAAGGAGAAGAUGGAACUGGAAACAAAGUUGGAUGAGAAGAAGAAAGAUGUCCAAGAGAAGCAGAAGAAGAUACUCGAACUACAGCACAAAGUUCGAGAGUUCUCUAAAGUGCAGUCUCAGUUGGAAGAAAAAACACGGAAAUUGGAGAUAUCCAACAAGGAGAGGGACAUCCUCGAGAAAGAAUUGAUAACUACAAAAUCAGAAUUGUCAAGUAUCAAAAAUACAUUAGAAUUAGAACGGCAGGAGAGGAGAGAUUUCGAAACUCGUGCACUUAACUUGAUAAGAGAUGCUAAACGCAAAUGGGAGAAUGCAGAAAAAGACAAAAUAGCACAACUGAAUAAGCACAUUGAAUCACAAACCACAAAAAUUACAGAAUUAUGUACAAGUAAUAAUGAAAUGAGCUCGCGUCUUGAGAGAACGCAAUGUGAACUGCAAACUGCAAAUGCAGAAUUGGAAAAGCUGCGUGUGUUUCAAACGCAAUAUAAGGAAUCCUUGGUGAAGACACGUGAGUUAAGUAGACAAAGUGUUCAAGGCAUUGAAGUUAAGUUGGAGGAGAUAGCUGCACGCAGUCAUAAUCAGCUGGCCGAUUUAAGAGCAAAAUUGGACUUUGAGGCGGCGAAGAAUACAGAUCUUGAAACUAAAUUACGAAACGAGCAAGAUUCGAACCACUGUCGCGAGUCGAGACUAAAUAUUGCAUUGGAAUUUGCUCAGAAUGAAUUAAAAGAUUGUCAGGAGCAAUUACGUAAUAUACAAGCCUCAUUACCGGCCAGGGAUACUGAGAUUGAAACUUUACGUAAACAGUUGCAAGAGAGAGCAAGACAGAUAGAUGAUUUGAAAACAUCCGAACAAUUGCUCACAACUAUGCAAGAGCAAUUGGACAGAAUGAAUCUUGAAAACGAACAAUUGAAGCAGCAAUUGCAAGUGACUAAAUCUGAUCUGAACGAAACCAUGAUAAAUUUGGAGCAAAGUGAAGCGCUUGCUUUAAAUUUGGAACAAGCGGCACAGGACAAGGCUGUGUUACAAAAGAGAUUGCAACGUUCUUUGGAAAAAGAAGAGGAACAAUUGCGCAAAGUUUGCAAUUUAGAGGAAUUAUUGAAGCGUUUGGAACACAGUGUUACGAAAUUGGAAGUAGAAAAUGCUAGUCUUAAACAAUUGGAUGAUGUGCAAACUACAUCUCGUUUAGUCACAAAAGACUCAAGUUCAAAAGUCUUUCAUCGAAAAGAGGAAGUGGAGAAACUGGAGCAGCAACUUCAAAGUUUAAAGGAAGACAUAACGGUCAAAAAAGAAACAGCGAGACAAGCUCAGAGGGCUUUACGGGAAAAGGAGAGAGAGUUAUCGAAAGCUAGUUUAGAUGCACGUAUAGCUGUGAGACAAGCGAAUAGAGGUGAGGAGAAAAUCAAAGCGCUGCAGGAAGAGAAGGAAAAAUUACAGGAGAGAUUAAGCAAUAAAACAAGGGAGGAGCAGGAGAAUUCGAAGAAACUGUUGAAAGAAUUGGACAUUGCGAAAGCGUCAUUGAAUGAUAUCACAAAAGAGGCAUCCAGGAAUAAAAUGCAGGCUGAUUCGGCUCAAAGGGCCCUGACCCAAGCUAAUCAUCAGAUCGAGGAACUUCAAUCUUCCAGUGCAUCCUUACGUAGAGAACUGGAUGCGGCUCGCAAGCAAAUGCGCUCGGCUGAGGAGCGUGUCGACACUUUGAAUGCCGAGAACAGACGUUUGAUACUAAUAUCCCGCAGACACAACGAGGAGAAGACUGAACUCGAGUCCAAAAUCGCGAAGCUGGAGCAGGAUAUUAAAUGCCACGAAUUGAACAUCAAAUUGUGCAAGGAAACUUGCACGGUGUUGGAGGAACAAUUGAUGGAUUAUGACAAGUUAACGAGUGGUCACGAUACGCGCGAGAAUAUGCUGAUUCAAGACAAAAUGAAGCUGCAAAAGGACUUGGAAGCCGCCGAGACGGAAGUGCGGAACGCACGUAUGGCGCAGAGCGACGAGAAGAGGCUGAAGACAGUCGCCGAGCGCAACGUCGAGCACUUGAAGUCGGAGAUGAGCGACAUAAGGAGCGAGAGGGACAGCCUGAUCGCACAAAGGGACCAGUACAUGAGACUCGUUCAAGAGCUCAACGCGCAAGUGGAGGAACUGACCACGAGGCGCGAUGAGAUGGAGUGCGAACUUACGAAAAUGGGACGCACCUUGGACACCGUCGAGACGAAGCUGCGAGUCGUGUUGGAGGAGAACAGCCAGAACUUAACGCGGGCGCACGAAUUGGAGGACGCGAACGUCGAGCUUAUGAACGGCAUGCAGAAGAGCAUAGAGCAGGGCCAGGAGCUGAGAUUGAGAAUAACGGAGCUGGAAGGCGUAUUGGAGGAGAUGAGACAGUUCUACCAGGAGAGAGAAGUGAAGGCCGAGGGCACGCGGCAGCAGCAGACCAAGCUGAUCGAUUACUUACAAUUGAAACUGGAGGAGUGCAGCAAGAAGAAGAAGACCAUGUGCGACAAGAUACUCGGCACGAAGCAGAAAGAGAACGUGCCGCCCAUGGGCAUCGGCAUGCCCGUAGGCUACCGCGAACUGGAGAACCAGCUUGCCAACGAGCGGGAGAAGGUGAAGAGGCUGACGGAGCAGCUGCUGAUUCUGAAAGCGAGGAUCACCUCCGCGUCCGCGCCUACGUCCCCCACCACGCCGGAGCGCGACGGCAGGAGGAUAAAGGGUAUUACGGAGACCAGCAGCUCCUUACUCAGACAGUUAUCUCCGCAAAGGAUGGGAGCCGACGUACGGCACAGAUUUGCCACCGGAUUGCCCAUGCGGGCCGGAAGGUGCGCAACGUGCUCGGAGGCCAUACAGUUUGGAAGAUACGCCGCGACCUGCAGCAAGUGUCAGAUCAUGACGCAUUUGGACUGCACAAUGUCCGUGCCUGUCAAUUGCGACUUUUCCAAUGACUUCUCUAAGUUUUAUCAUAGAGACAGCGACGACAGCUUGUCGUCGAUCGGCGACAGCGUCCAGACAUUGGCGAUAGAUCAACCGGACAACGCGGUGGUGAAAACAGAUUCGGAUCCACAGAGCGUUCAACGUAACGAGAAUGAAGUUUCCAUGGAGGGAUGGGUUAAAGUUCCCGGUAAAUCAAGGUCUUGCUGGGAGAGAAAAUACAUGAAACUGGAAGGAUCGUGCUUGUGCGUCUUCGAGCAUCAGCCGUGUGCCGGAAUGGCGCCGAUCAGCCGUUUAAAUCUAUUGGAGAACAGUGGAUUUAACAUUUGCGAGAAUGUGCAGCAAACUGAUAUACUGGGAACGGACAAGUCCGACAUACCGCUCAUCUUUAGGAUAGAAUCAAAUUCCACGACGACCUGUUGGCCUUCGUCUAGACUGGAUGUCGUAGCUUUGAAUAAAACCGAUAAGAGAAACUGGUUGAAAGCUUUAAGGGCUGUUACCGGUCAAAAUUCGUAUACCGUGCCGAAAUACAAGAAGUAUCACACCAUACUUAGAUUAGACAAACAUCAGUUGGAUUUAAAUUGCGUUGCCGAUCUGGGCACGGAUAACGUGCUCUUGCUGGGCGCGAAAGAGGGCCUGUUUUCGUAUUGCACUUCGAAAUCUCGAACGCUCACCACGAUACGCGGUGUCAAGCAAGUGCACCAGCUCUCUUUACACUCGCACUUGGACUUGGCUUUAAUGAUCGCCGGUGAAUACAGAGAAUUAGUGUACUGCAACUUGAGGCUACUCAAGACUAACGCGUUAGCCGCCGACUGUUCCAAGCCAGCGAUCAGUACGAAAUGUGUGUUAUCCACCUCGGACAGUUGUCAUCUUUAUCAAUUGCAAGGCGAAAUAUUAUGCGUCGCAACAGCAUCCCAUGUGAUAUUACUUAAAUGGAAAAUCAGAGAGAAUUCCGCGGAAUUCGUCGAGCUUUGUGAGCUCGAGACGUCGGAGCCUUGCAGUUGUGCAAUUUUCACGUCGAAUCUCCUUAUCAUAGGAUGUCACAAAUUCUUCCAAAUUGAUUUGCAAACGUUAGUUUCCAAGUCGACGUGCAGCGUAGAUGAAUUUCCAGAAGAAGACAAUAGCUCGAUUAAAGCAGCAUUAUCGGGCGCCGCAAAACUCGGCAUAUUUCCUGUUUCCGUUUUGAAUAUUUCCAAUACAUGCGGCACGGCAGAACUUCUACUGUGUUACAACGAAUUCGGCGUAUUUGUCGACGAAAAUGGUAGAAGAACUCGAGCCGUGGAUCCAAUGUGGAAUCAUUUGCCAUUUGCUUUCGCAUUCUGCAAACCAUAUUUAUUCAUCAUUCACUUCUCGUCUGUCGAGAUUGUAAAGCUCGACUCGGAGGCGUACAAAUUGCCGGAUAGGAAUCCCGAACGUACCUUAAUCGAAUUAUCUAGUCCACGCUAUCUCGGUACAGCUGGCUCAAAAGGAAUUUAUGUGGCGGCUAUAAAUUCUUACUUUGAAUUGCUGAAAAUAGAUGUUGCGUCCGAUAUGCCAGCAUUAAGUGGCAGUUUAACAAGUUUAGACACACUAGCUCAAGAGGAUGAGAGUAGUUCAGAAUUUAGUUUCACAUCGAGCUUAAUGGAGGCUUUAGACGGGCAAGGAAAAAAAGUACACUUCACCGGGUUGCAUAAAUAUUGAAAUAGGUCGCAUGGGUCGUCACACUUAAUUUAGUUUUGACGUUAUUCUUUGCUUACUAGAGGCUCACUCAGAAGCUACUUUGGUAUGUAUAAAAAUAUUAAUAAAUAGCAAUCAUAUUAACGAGGAUACUUCUACUGUGUCGAACAAAUAGAUUUAGUGUAGUGUAAUAUUUAAUUUAUAUAAUUAGUUAUAUUACGCUUCUUUGAUAGAAUUUCGAUUUUUUUGAAAUUUGGAUGUCAUAAGAUCUCUAAUAUUUGCCAUACUAUUAACCUUCUGACUGUGAAUUUUUUUCCGUAUAUUUAACUGCGUUUAUUAACCGAUUUACUAAUAAAUAAUAAAUUAAUUAAUUUAGUUUCUACAUUUAUACAAUAAAUACAUUUAACACGCUUAUUAAAUGUAUUUAUUUAUUUAUUUUUAUUCACAAAUGUGUUCAAAGCGUUUGUAGCUUGGGAUUUGAAAGAAAUUAUAAAAAUGCAUUGCUUACAUUUUGACAAGAUUUGUCGCGACUGUUUUUUAUGCGUCGUGAACGCUCAGAAGGUUAAGGAUCAGCGAUUUUUAUUAGUGAACCAAAUUUCAAAACGUAUUUAUAAACAUUAAAAGCUUUACGUUUGUAUACUCUAAUAUAGUUUCUUCAAGUACAAUCACAAGUGUAUAGAGGUAAUUAUUACCUAUGAACGAGAGUAAGGGUACUUAAAUGAUAUUAUGUAAAUUUUAAUAUUAAGAAUAUAGCGACCAAUGUUAGAAUAAUAUAUAUACUUUAUAUAUUAAGAAAUUUUCUAAAUGUAUUUUUUAUAAUUUAGCUUAAAACACAACAUGAGGACAAUAAAGAUAUACCAAUAUGUAUCUCAAUGAUGUGUUACGAGGUGUAUUUUCAAAUUAGAAAUCGAUAUUAAUGUAUGUAUCUUCGAGAAAAUAUUGCUAGAACAAACUGCAUAUAAAGGACUUAUAACUUGCCCAACAUAACGCGAUAUAAAUUACAAACUACGUCUUUCACAAAAAAUAUACAUUAUGUAUAUAUUAUUCGGUAUCCGGUAACCCUUGACUUUUGCGUCAAUAUAAAACGUAACGAAUAUUCAUUAUGUCUGCACAUUGCAUAAGAAAAAAAGUUCGUAAAAGAAAUCUCUAUACGAUUUCUAUUGUUCACUUGAGGAAGACAAAAACUAGACACAUUGGAUGCUUACUAAUAUUCCUGAUCUCCGGCAUCAGAAAUAAUCAAUUUUAUAAAAACACAAAAAUAUAAAAGUAUA